GGUACACUGUAUAGUAUUAACAAUUCCGCUGCAUUUAUUGAUAUUGACAUUGGUUGCACCUGAUAGAAGCCACGUUCGUGCAAUAGUGUAAUAAAAAAAAAUUUGUUCACGUGCCAACAUGCGUUGCGUAUGCAACGUUCACCUAUCCAAUCGUUCAGUCGUAUUUCAUUAGAGUGCAGUGCAGCGGGCAGUGUGGUGUGCGGUUGAUGACGAGUAACAUUCAAAUGACGUGAAGUUGAAAAAGUUAAUAACGUUGUUUAUUCAUUACAGAUUUACUUUAUUUAACACGAUCUCCAAAAUUUGCUUGCCGACGAUACAGUCCCACGGAUGUAUAAAAGAAUCGUAUUCAUUUCGGAUGGAAAAUUUACUUGAUAACAUGUUAGAGGAUGGAGUUACUACCAUUGUUGUACAUACACUGUCUACAAUGUUCUUUUUCGUACUUUUACUAAACAUCUUCCAAUAUCUUAUAGGAAAACCCCGUAUUCCGAUUAGGGAUGUUACUAAAGAACAUAAUUGGAAAUCUAUUAAAAACGAGACAAAGGCAUAUUAUUGUAGUAUAUGUGAAAGUCUAUUGUUAAAUGUUAGCGGUCUGCUCUGUGAUUCAUGUGGUGUUUCUGCUGAUCCUUCUUGUGUCAAAGUUGCGGACAAACAAUUAAAGUGCAAAGUUAUUACUCUUAACACAAAUGAGUCGAUGAAACAUCACUGGAUAAAGGGUAAUUUACCUCUAAACAAUAUAUGUGAGAUAUGUAACGAGGAAUGCGGCGUGGAACUUGGAUUGACUGAUUGGUGGUGUUGCUGGUGUCAAAGAUGCGUGCACGAGGAUUGCAAACCUAAUCUCUGCAACAUAUGCGAUUUCGGUAGAUUUAAAUUAAUGAUAAUUCCGCCGAACAGUUUGGAAGUGAUUAAUUUGCGGAGUACUAUGAGACGCAGAUUGCACCUUCGUUCAGUUAUACCUCCAAACUGGCCUAAAUGGAAUCCCCUGAUAGUCGUUGCGAACAGGAAGUCCGGAAAUAAUGACGGUGCCGAGAUUUUAUCCUUGUUUAGGAGAUUGUUAAAUCCGGCGCAAGUCGUCGAUCUAUCGGAACGCGAUCCGGUUGCCGCACUCGAAUGGUGUCGUUUACUCGGUAAAAUAACAUGCACCGUACUAGUUGCUGGUGGAGAUGGAACAAUCGCUUGGCUGCUAAAUGCUAUCCACAAACUUGGACUGGAGCCAGUUCCGUCUGUGGCGGUAAUUCCUCUGGGAACUGGGAAUGAUUUGUCUAGAGUAUUAGGAUGGGGAAAGGAACACGAUCCAGAUAAAAACCCCACGGAUAUUCUACAAGAAAUUCAAGUAGCACAAAAAGUGGAACUCGAUAGGUGGUGUGUAACGAUGAAGCCGCACAGUGGAUUACGAAGUCUGCAUCAAACGUUCUAUAUGUACAAUUAUUUAAGUAUCGGCGUCGAUGCACAAGUAACGUUGGAUUUUCAUCGUACGAGAGAGAGUCGUUUUUAUUUUUAUAGCAGUAGAUUGUUUAAUAAGUUGUUGUAUCUGUGCUUUGGUACGCAACAAGUUGUAGAAAGAGAGUGUAAAGAUCUCGAUAAAAAUAUUGAAUUAUACCUGGACGAUCGAAAAGUAGAUUUGCCAUCCAUCGAAAGUAUCGUAAUACUGAACAUUCCAUCUUGGGCGGCUGGCGUUAAUCUGUGGAACAUGGGAUUAGACGAUAAUGGAGAAUACGAGAGACAAAGUAUUAACGAUGGGAAAUUAGAAGUGGUCGCGCUUUAUUCGUCGUUUCACAUGGCACAACUCCAGAUAGGAAUGUCUCAGCCUUUCCGACUUGGCCAAGCCAGGCAUGUAAAGGUGAAAUUAACGAAAUCUUGCGCCGUGCAAAUUGACGGCGAGCCAUGGUACCAGUAUCCUUGCGAGUUCGAUGUUACGUAUUGCAAUAAAGCGACGAUGCUCGCCAACGUGAUAAACAGGACUACUUAAAUCUUCGCUUCCGAAAUAUAAAGUUUCUCUAACAUUCCUAUGGUUGAUUCAGAUGAGAUAAAGUUUAGACAAAAGAGAAAUAUAUAUAUACACAUAUAUAAAAUAUAAACCGAUAUGGUGAAGGUAAAAAAAUGUAACUGAGAAAUCUAGUCGCCUUCUUAAAGAUGAUAUAUGAUCUGUUGUAUAUUGUACUUGAAAUAAAUGAAGUAUAGUUUAUAAUUUUAUUUAA